AACGAAAGUCGGCCACGUGUCCAAAAUCAACCCUCGGUGUGCUGUGUACAGUGCAAUCUCGCAUGCUAAUCUCUAUCCCGUCGCGACCACCUAACGACCCGGUGACGAAACCGCUCGCUCCGUAAUCUGUCGCCUGAAGAAUUCACUUCACUCCAAUCGAAUCGCGUCUCCGUCGCUCUCUCGUUUCCCCGAUCGGGGUGUUUUUGGCUCUCACCGGAGCGGGAGAUCGAGCGCGCGUGUUUCAGCUCCCCGAUCUCGAGCGGUCCUCUUCAUGCCUGCGUUUUCCCGAGAGUGUUGAUUGAUGGAGAAUUCGGCGGAUGUUUGCGACCGAGAAGAAGCGUCGGCGGCGUCGUCGUCAUCGUUGACUCCGGCUGGCUCAGAUUACCGAUUGUUCGGUCGGCAAUCCACCAUCCACCAAUGUAUGGGCGGUGGAAUAGCUGCUGACGUUCUAUUGUGGAGGCGGCGGCAUCUUUCUUUUGGUAUCAUUAUUGUUGCGACAGUUGCUUGGGUUAUCUUUGAAAGAUCAGGAUUGUCUUUCCUGUCAAUUUGUUCAGAUGUCUUGCUGCUACUAAUCAUAUCACUGUUCAUUCAUGCCAACUAUGCUGUUUUCCGGAAUAGACCACUGCCAGAAUUAUCUGAGCUAGUUUUCUCAGAGGAGAUGGUUACCAAUGCUGCUGCUUCUUUUCGCGUCAAAAUCAAUAGCCUACUGCUUAUGGCUCACGAUAUAACUCUUGGAAAAGAUUUUAGACUAUUUUUCCAGGUGGUUGUCUGUCUGUGGCUUAUAUCAGCAAUUGGUAGCUCCUUCUCAUUCUUCACACUCGCUUAUAUAGAUUGGCUUAUUUCUGGUGUUUCGCUUAAAUUGGUGAUAGGUACUAUAAUAUCCAUCACAGUUCCUGCACUGUACAGCAGGUUUGAGAAACAUGUGGAUAGGUUUUGUGGAAUGCUCCAUAGAAACUUUUCGAGGCAUUACAAAGUAGUAGAUGAGAGUUUUAUCAGCAAGCUCCCAAGAAGUUUAUCCAAGGACAAAAAUAUGUGAAGCUGAAGUUGAGUCGAAACAUCUGCCAAGACAUCCAUGCCAAGAGCUUACUUCGCAAUUUAGGUGCUGUUUUGCGGAUUGAGGCUUCCAUCAUUUCAAUGAGGAGCAAAAUGUCACAUCAAUGUCGUUUGCCAUGAAGAAGCCUUUGGCUGUUCCCUGGUACUUGACUCCAACCUCAUUUUUUCCUUGCCCUAUCAGAAUGCAAUCGGAUAGCGGCAGAAGCAGUGUCAGCCGCUUGUCUGAACAUAGAGAUACCAUUCAUCAACUUCGCAAGUGACACCAAUUGUUUGUACUUGUUGGUUUCAUCAUUCCAAUAUGUUUCCAUGUAGUCCUCUUGCUCCUUGGUGAAUGUAUGUUUCCAGACAGAGUCCU